ACACACAGCAGCAGAACUAUCAUCCUCCGUGUGGGGAAUUUCUCGAUACAAGGACGCUGACUGAGACGAUGAACCCAGCAAAAUCUCCAGACCUCCCUCAGCCACCUGUGAUUGGGAAGGUCAGUCACCACAGUAUCGAGAUGAGCUGGAUGAAUGAAGAGAACAAAUCUCGAACUGGCCCCCCUGAACACUGGACCCACUUCUCUGUGGAACAGAUGGACCCCAAAACACACACAUUCAGCUCCAUAUACAUAGGGUACAGCACCCGGCAUGUUGUAGAAGGAUUGAAGUCCAGCACCUAUUACAGUUUUAGGCUGAUGGUCACCAGACCUUCAGGGGAGUGCAGCUUCAGCCCUGCAGUCUCUGUCUUCACCAACCGAGAGCCUUUCAGUGGGAAGAACCUCCACCAGGCGUUGAACAGGGAGAAUGAGCAGGAGCUGACCACAGUGUUACAGUCAAGAAUGGUCAAUGUGGAUGUUCAUGACAAAAUGGGUUUCACCCCUCUCAUGGUAGCAGCACAGAAAGGUUUCACCAGCUUAGCAGACAUUUUGGUGAAGCACGGAGCUGAUAUUAACAAGAGAGAUAGCACUGGAAAAAACAGUCUAAUGCAGGCCUGUUACUCUGGUCACCUGGAUAUGGUGAAGUACCUGCGUAACUGCGGGUCAACAUGGCAGUCUCGAGACACGGAUGGAUGCUCGCCGCUCCACUGGGCUGUGGAUGGAGGACACCUGCCUGUCAUUACAUACAUGAUCCAAGAUGGUUGUGAGGUGGAUGUGAUGGAUAAAGUGUCUCUCUGGACUCCUCUCAUGCGUGUGUCAGCCAUCAGUGGGAACGCUGCGGUGGCCUCUGUCCUCCUCCAGGCUGGAGCUGAUGUAAAUGUCCGUGACAAGGCUGGCAAGACACCAUUGAUGGUUGCUGUGCUGAAUAACCAUGUUGAGCUGGUGAAACUUCUGCUUGACAGUGGGGCAGAUCACCAUUUGAAGAACGAGUAUGGAGCAGGUGCAGCGGAUAUGGCGAAAGCAUUUGGGAGACAGAACAUCAUAAACUUGCUGGAUAAAAUAAGCAUGGAAGAUUCAAGACUGACAUCGUCAGGACAGUUCUGUUAUGGAGACAAGAAAUGAUCCUUAUCUUGAUAUCAUAUUACAUUAAAGCCUUGAGUAAAACUCAAAUGUUUCUGUAGUGUAAAAUAAAAUGACAUUGAAUUCACAA